AUGGUAGGUGUGAAAACAUGGACUGAAGACGGGAUUUGGUUUGUUCUCCUGGCAUCCAAAAUCCCCUCACCGCCUUCCGCCCAAAAAAGCAAACCAGGCAGGUUCUUUACGGAUGAAGCAAUAGGACUUCUCUGCAAGAAGAAUGUUAAGGACUUGCGUCAUACACCUAAUGCGGCGAGCGUUAGAUAUGCUCGUACUCAGAAACCGGAGGCACAACCCUCUUCAGAAGUUCUAGAAAUCAUUGAGCGACUACGCAGUUCAGUUUCUCGAGCUCAAGAUAGCACAAGUGGAAACAUACUUGAGAAUCCGCGGAAUGACACUAUAGCCCCCCAAAGACGAUGUUCCCCAGGGAGCUCUAGUAAUACUAGUUCGAACGUGAUGUCACCAAUGCCAAUGGGGAGUCCUCUCACUCAGCCACAACCUAGAAGAAGCGGUAAUUGGAACAGGAGUGAAGCUGGUCAAUUUACUCCCAAUAGAUCUCACACCAUGAGCAUGAGUGCAAAUGGACCAUUCGCUAAAUCAUAUGGACGAGAGCAUGAAAAUACUGUUCUGCUAGCUAAUAUCAACCAACAACAACAACAUGGAAGUAGCUCACUUGGAACUGGAAGUCAUCAACAACAACCUAAACAGGUACACCCCGUAACGACUAGAUCGAAUCCAUUGUGGUAUCCUGGUGUAGAGGUUUCAUCUUCAACGAGACAACCAAUGGGCAACAGUCAGGGAAUGAAUGCUUACAUGCAUAAUGGCGGUGGGAUUCCAGGGUAUUCCCAGCACGCACUAUCGGGUACUAUGUAUCAAUUUUAUGGGAAUCAAAUGGGUCCAGACACGCACCAAAUUCAGUCUUACGGCCAUGUAACGCCUAUAGAUUCGCCAUACGCAACAAAUUACGGGAAAUAUGCACAAGGCUUACCAGGUCUAGGUAUAAAUGGAAUGCAAAUGCCAACAGGCCCUUUUGAUGUUGGAAACUCUUCUUACCCAUAUGAUACGCCUUCGUAUGGCCAGUUCGAUGCAUGCAUAGUACCACAAAUUAGAGAAUUUGAUGGGGAAACGGUUUCACAAAAUGGAUUGCCAUAUACAAAUCAGUACUCUCAACAACAACAAUACAGUAUCGAAUAUCCCUUCCCACCAUCAAACAUCGAUUUGGACGGUAUGGAAGUUAUGCCUCAAAGACCUCAUGGUCUCUCACAAGCCACAAUGAAUGAUUCCAACUUCGCCAACAUUCCAGCCCUUAGUCUUGCACAAUCCAUAUUCAGCAGUCCUAGUGAUACUAGUGGCUCAAGUAAUGGUUUCAUUGAGCUUCUUGACAACCAAUCUAAGUCAGACGACCUUGAAACACAAGGAGGCCUUACCCAUCAAGUUAGAAUCAUGUCUCAAGAGUCACAACUAUCUGACAGCGCAGAAAAGGGCAAGAAAAGAAGUAUUGACGAGGCCGAGAUAUUCGAUAUCAAUUCUGAUGAAAGCUGUGAGAGGCACAAGAAAAAGCACAAUAGCGAGGAUAGCGAUUGCUCUAGGCAACCAAAGUCUAAUGACCAAAAUGCAAAACAUGAUCAGGGAUUGUCUGAACAACAACCAGACAAUACUCAAGAGCUUUUUAUUGCUGCUUCAAGUGGUAGUCCGAUUGACUCCUCUGCUAUUGCUCUCGACAUCACUUCAGAUGCUGUUGUAGUUGCUGAGACUGACUCAGCUACACACAUUUCAGAUGAAGCUGAAUUGUCUCCCAUUUCUACGAACUUGGCCGUCGAUUCGGAUUGUUCAACAAGCACCAAAAUCGACGACUCACCCCAUGGAAUGCCAAAUUUGAAGUCGCAUGAAAUUUUCCACGAGUCAGUUGAGAUAUUUCCUCAUCAAGAAGAUGGAACUACGGCCAGAAACUGCAAUGGCACAGAGGAUGAUUCUCUCAGCGAGGAAGAUUUCCUAGGCCUUUCGGAUCAUUUUGAUGAUAUAUACUACGAGCUGAGCACGAGUUUUCACGAGAUGUCAGAUGAUGUUAUUCAAGCGGACCAUGUCUAUUUGAUUGGUCAGAUGUGA